UUGUUGUCAUCGAAUUAUUUCGUCUACAAAAAUGUGCCAUUUUGUGUCAUUACCUCGAUCCACGUUUUGAUCAUAUCAAAUAUAGAUAUUGUAUCUUUUAAUUAUACAUAGUGUUUGCUUUCUAAAGACAUUUUGGUAACGCAAAUAAAAAAUUGCCAUGACUAUGAAAAAUAUUAUAUUCGGGAUUCCGAAUUAUGUUACUUUCUAUUCUACGCAGGAAUGUAUUAGAUCAAUUGGAAAGGUUUAUGGGGGUUUCUAAUGUUUUCUUUAGAAUCUAGGGGUAAAAAGAAUAAUACCUUCCACUAAUAUAGAGCAUGCACGUAUAAAUAAGCGCAUGAAAAUACACUUUUGUCUCUCGGUUAUGGAAGAAUCAAACAUGGCUCAAGCUUCUUUUAUUUGCCUUCUCCUCAGUUUUUCCAUCAUAUUUCUUUCGAAUGCAGCCGACAUAAGCAUAGACUGUGGAUCAUCAAGUUCUCACGUUGACGCGGACAACAGAACGUGGGUGGGAGACACAGACUUCGUAAACACCGGUUUGACGUCUAAAUAUGCACCUUUAAUCAAAACGGAUGAUUCUCUAACCACACUCCGGUAUUUUCCUACGGGAGAUACUAACUGUUACUCCAACAUUCCGGUGGAUAAAGGUGGGAAAGUGUUAGUUAGGACGAGAUUCAACUACGGAGACUACAAUAAAGAAUCCAAGGCUCCGAGGUUCGAUGUCGUUUAUGAUGGAAAACAUAGAGAUUCCGUCAUCACAACGACAUUCGUCGGCGGUACUCGAUCGGAAGCGAUAUUUAUUCCUGAGAGCGGGAAUACCAGUGUUUGCUUUGUCCGUACGCUUUUGAACGAGCACCCUUUUGUGUCUACCAUUGAAGUACGGAGGUUGGACGACUCUAUGUAUACCGAUCUUGGUCCCAAGGAAGGUUUCAUUCUCCAGCAAAGGACCGCCUACGGUGCCCAAGAAUUAGUAAGGUCUCCGUUUGAUCCUUAUGAUAGAAUGUGGCAGCCGGCAACGGUUGCGGUCACACAUCUAAAAAGUUCUGCCAUUUCUAUCAACACAACAGGGGCUGACAAUAGACCACCAGAGAUUGUUCUUCGGACAUCUUGGUCAAAGAAGGACAUGGCUUUCUAUGAUAUAACCCUACCUUUUUCUGGACUAACAUUUUACAUUGUCAUUUAUUUCUCGGAACCACUAAGCCUUAGUUCCGACCAAAAGCGAUCUUUUAACGUUUACUAUGACAACAAGCAAGUGGGUCUAAAUCUAAUUGUGCCACCUUUCGGGGCAGUGAUGCAAGCUUCUCUGAGGGGUGUGGUGACGAGUAGGCUUCCUUAUCUGACAUUUAAAGGUACACCGGACUCAAAUUUGGACCCACUCAUCAACGCUCUCGAGCUCUACGUUAUUAGCAAUAGUGGUGGAAACGGGACGAAUUCAACAAGCACGAGCGGUGGAAGCAGCCCUAGCACUGGCGGUGGUGGUGGAAGCAGCCCUAGCACUGGCGGUGGCGGUGGAAGCAGCCCUAAGACUGGCGGCGGUGGUGGCAGCCCUAGCACUGGCGGUGGUAGUGGCAGCCCUAGCACUGGCGGAGGUGGUGGAGGCAAAUCCGAAGACUCUUCAGGGAAGUCCGAAGAGGAGAAAAGCAGCAACAGCUUAGCAUUACCACUUGGUAUUUCAUUUCCGUCGUUGUUGGUUCUUGCAGCUAGUGGUUGGGGUGCCUGGAACUAUUUCAUCAAACCCAAGCGCCACCGCGAAUCAGAAUGUUUUACCGCUCAAACAGAAUAUAAACGUACAAGUGAAUGUGGGAAACAACAUGGGGAAUGCAACAGUGAAUACUGGGCAAUGACGAACGACUUCUACAACAUCUUGAUCCCAUCAUCAACCCUCCUAUCCCAUAUAUGUUCUUUUUCUUUUUACUUUUCCUAAUUUAUUGAUUAUUAGAAGUGAUUUUUUUUUAAUUUGCAAACAAAAUAUUAAAAGGAAAAGGGGAGAUUUGCUACAAUAACCUACAAUUUAUUAGAAACAACUAA